GGAACCGUGUGUAAAUAAAAUCAGUAUUUAACGUAUCGGAAUCGUUGUCGUGCACUUUUUUAUUCGAUCCUUUCUAUUCGUAUCACAGCCUAAAAAAAUUACAGAAAUUUUUUUUGUAUUCUUUAAUAAACAUUCGCCAUGCGUUAAGUGACGAAAACCGUUUUUAAAAUAUGCACUGUAUCUCGGACAACAACCGGCAGUGUUUGUUGUGACGUGAGCCGUAAAUGUUUGGAUAUCCUGAUUGAAUACAGGCCUAGAACAUUUCGAAUUUGAUUAUUUCCAAACGUUAAGUGAACCUGAGAGCGUCGAUUAUGGUUUGAAAGUUUUCUGAAAAUUCGCACCGAGUUAAGUAAUGAUUCAAAAAAAUUCCACCUUAUUUUGAAGAAAUGUAAACAAGAAAGUAUAUGAAGAAAAACUAUGAAAAACGAAUGGUUUUUUAUCUCGUACUUAUUUUUGAGUUUAUUUGGGUUGAUAUUAUCUCAAAAUCAUAAUUUUAAUAACGCAGAAUUAAAUGGAUACGAGAAUGUCCUUCCCAAGAAAAGUAUGCCACAAUUCGUAUUAAUUAAACAAUUCAACGGAACGACUGUCACAUUAAAUUGUUCGAUAUCCCAUUGUAACCAUAAUCGGAAAUAUAUUAAAUGGGAAAUUAACAGAUUGGGGAAUUUUAAAGGAGAAUGGAAACGAGUUCCUAAUAAUCAAAGCCAUAUAAUUCCCUGCCUGGGUAAUAAAAAAAUUUCAAAUUUAGAAGUUAAAAUAGAAAACAACACUCAAUAUAGAUGUGUUAAUAAGAAUUUAGUAGUAAAAGUAUUCCAACUAGAGGUUAAAGAACCAAAAAAACCGUCCGUUUUGGAAAUUACCCCAAAUGUAAUCACCCCAAAAAUCAACUCUCAAUUAAUUCUUCAAUGCAAAGUGUACAGUUCAGUACAGCCUUUAGAAAUAUAUUGGUUUAAACAAUGCGAUAAUUGUAAGAAAAAACUCAUGUUCAACAGUACUGGAUAUAUAAGAAUAAAUACCAGCGAUAAUGAUAAUGUGAUACAAAGAGAACUCAACAUCUACAUUAGCAAGCUGCAAAUUUAUAAAGUUGGCCCUUUGGAUGAUGGAGUUUACGCGUGUGUUGGAGUAAAUGCGAAUUAUUACGACGUUAAAACUUUGUCUGUUAGUAUUCAACAUCAAUACAAUUGGGAACCUCACAUUUCAUUUUCAUUGUUAUUCCUAAUUCCUUUGGCUUUCGCUUUGGUUCCUAUUACCGUUUGGCUGUGUUAUUAUAGAAAUAGACAAAAACAACAUCACAGAGUUGUUUUCCAAGAAAGGAAGAUGUAUCUUAAAAGAAACAAUCCUCAAGUACCUAUUCUGUAAAAAUAUUAUGUAUUUUUUAAGAUGUUAACUUAUAAAUUGAUUUUAUUUUUAAUAAAAUGUUAAUUGUU